UUAUUGUGUAGCAUUAAAUUAAUUUUUUUUAAAAAUAACAGUUUAGUUCGUACUCCGGAAAACUUAACCAUGGAGGAAGAUUUUCUUGCGCCGGGGGGCAAAAGUAUUGCGGAAUUCGCAACGUAUGAGGACUUCCUGUCCUCCCAGGUGACAAAGAUGGACUUGGAUUACGUGGAUGACAUCCACAUCGCGAGGAAGCUGGUGGAGCUGGGCUACCGUGGUGCCAGAGAGGGCUUCUCAGAGGAGGAGUUCAAUGCCAUGAAAGCCGCCAUAGAAGUCCGCAGGGCCAUUUUUAACGUGAAAACCCUCCUGAGUGCGGGAGUGGAGUAUGAGAGCGCCAUGCUGAGGGCUAUGCAGAUGAGAGAGGAGGGCAACAGGACGGGGAAAAGUGCCUCCAUAUUUUUUAUUCGCGACCGCAACGAAAAAGGCCAGGAGAUCUCUGGCUACAUUGACUACUCCCACCGACUGGCCACUGAAGACUUCCGUCCCAUCUUCAACCUGGAGAAACGUUUUCUGCCCCAGAAGACUGACCUGAGUUUUUUUAACUGGGACACAAUGAACGUCGGCAGUCGGAGCUCGCCUAACUAUGAGGUAAUCGCCAAAAGCCCCAACGGGAUGGUAUUCCGCAACAAACGUGAUGGUAAAAUCGUCAACCCUGACCCGACCCUCAACACCCCCGGGGACAACUCGUCCCGUACCAUAGUGCGGGCCUCCGACUACAUCAGCGUGGUGGUGUUCGACCAUUACAACCGGCGGAAGUUGUAAUCUUGUCGUCAUCAACCCUUGAUGCACAGAGGGUGACGAGGCGCAUGCGCGAGACAGCAACAUAUGACGACAUCUUUGAAUUGAUCUUUUUACAUGCACAAACAGUGUUUUAAUAUUUCUUUUUACUUUUUUUUUUACAUUUGACGCAUAUUUUACCUAA